AGCCAGCGUCACUUGGCCCACUGCCGCAGCCGAGACCAGCCGCGUUUCUACGACAGGCUCGACGGAGCUCAGGAUUGCCCGACGGUAGCCUGAGACACCUGCCGAGUUCCCAAAUUGGACGCUUAGCCGGCGAGUGUUGUUGAUCCCGAACUGCCCAAGACGCUGAGUCACGGGAAAGUUCAGCCAACACCUCCGUGGAGUGAGCCUGUCGCGCGGAUUUUUCUCAAGUCUGUGUCAUGAACGUUUAGUUCCAAAUCUUCGACUCUUCUUCUCUUCUCAAGAUCUUCAAGUCGUCUUCUUCCCUUCACGUAACUUCUUCCCUCAAGUUGCUCAAGCUACGCCUUCCCUCAAGCUUCUUAAGUCCACCUCAAGUCACAAGUCCACGGCAACAAGACAACUCAAGUCCCCUGCCCGAGCACCACUGAGGCAGCAACAAUACCAGCAGCAGCAGCAGCAGGAACGUAAGCGUGACGUAGACGCCUCACAACUGGGUCAUCCCGCGCCUCCCGCCCCACUGUGCUUCCCGCAGCUCCUCUCGGCCACAAGUGUUACCCAAGUGAGAGUGAGCGCCCAGCUGACCUCCGCCGCUCGAGGGAAGACUCUCGUGACGGGCACAACUUUCACGUGACGCAACGCCCAGUUUCAACACGGGGGACAACAUCAAACUCCUCUUAUACUCCGCCGGACAGGACAGCGGCUCACACCGCGGCGCUCAGCAAGCAGCUCAUCACCUCGGCGAGUGACACACCCACCCUCGCCCCGCCGCCCCAACACAAGAAAGUGAAAGUAACGAGCGUGGUCAGGCAGCCGCCCGCCCACCACUCGGCCGCUUGGGAGAAGCAGUGUUGCCCGUGUGUCGGUGACAGUCUUCGUGGAGGAGUCUGUGAUUGUGGCCCCGUCGUCCGCGUGACGCUCGGUGUAGCAGCACAGCCUCCCCGUGCAUCCCUCGCAGCCUCUUGUGUCAAUAGAAAGUGUUCUUGGCGCUGCCGUCGUCGGUGAAGGGCGUCCCAGUGUUAGUGCAAGCAGUUGAGAGAGUGAGUGCUCCGUGUUAGUGAGUGAGUGUCCGCUCCAAGUGUCAGUGACUAUCGUGCUAAACAUUCACAAUGCCAGGAUUUCACGGUACUAAGGUGGCCUACCAGCCAGACUACCACCAAAUGAUGCAGCAGCAUCACGCCCGUGCCCUCUAUGCCCGCCAGCAGCAGCAGCAGCAGCAGCUGACUCGUGCUGGCCACAUGGCUCACCCCAUGUUCGAGAUGCUGAAGAACCGCCACAAUCAGGACAAGGCAGACUACAUCCGCAUGAUGAAGACUCGCGAGCACAAGAAGAUGCUCGGCGAGCCCGGCUACCCCACCUUCGACAGCCUCAAGCUGCUCGGGGCCGAUAACGACGCCCAUUACCUGGACGUGUUCAUGACGGAGGGUGAGGCCAAGCUCCGCACCCGCACCAGCUCCCAGGCCUCCAAGAACAGCAGCAAACGAUCCAGCGUCAACGUGGACGAUCUCAAGAAGACCCUUCUGGGCGGCCUGCGUUCCGUGGCCAGCGAAGAGAACAUCUACGAGUCCGUGGAGGUGAUCCAGUACAGGAAACAGAUCGAAGCUCUCAGCCGCCAGAACAAAAUCCGUUCUGUGCCCAAGACCGGCCACCCGCUGUUUGACCACCUGCGUGUGGAGAACGUGCUCAAGCCUCGCCGCCAUCAGCACAGCACGGAGCCCCGCCGCUCCGAGGUUCACAGCAGUGACGGGGGAAGCAACUCCCAGAGCUCGUCCGGCUCCAGCGACGAGUUUGACUACGUCAAGAAGCCCAACACCCGCUUCUCCCGCCGCGAGGUGCUGAUGGGCGGCACGAUGCAGAACAAGAAGCAGCCCAAGGAGUCACGUCAGGCGAAACAGCCCAACAGGCGCGUGCCGGACGCUGGCUCUGAGUCCGAUGACGACUGGGCCAUCCCGCGCCCCAAGAUCGCUGGCGGCGGCGGCGGCGGCGGCGGCGGCGUCCGCAGUCGAAGGACUGGAGCCAUGGGCCUCGUCUCCUCCAGUUCCCACGACGAGUCCGACAGCUCAAGUAAGUCGACGGGUCUACGGUGACGCUCUCGCCUGCACCUUCACGCACCGCCCCCGCUGUAGUCGCCUGCCUACCCUGGGAGCUCUGCACCUUACUCACCGCCCGGCGGCCCCGCCCCGGGUCGCACCCCUGGGCGGCCAGCGAGCACCUGCUGGCCCCGUCCGCAGCAUGACAGACGGCCGGAGUCACAGGCGCCGCGCGCCGCGCCGUCCCAGGGGUGUGGCCCGCGGCCUCCCGCUCCUCUAGUCCAGAGAGCCUCGGAGGGUCCUGCGGGCCCCGCCGGGCAGAGGCUCCUGGCCCCCCCGCCCGCCGCCCCGGCCCCGCGAGGCCCGCCUGGCCCCCGCCGCGCACAGCUGUGACGCUGGCGUUCCCAGGGCGCCACCCGGGCCGGGGGGGAAGGGUGAGGGGGUCGACUGAGUGUGCACGGAGCACUGCCUGUUUCAGUGUUGUAGUCUGACUUUGUGUGCACCACUCACGCCGCACCACAGGUACACAUACACGCAUUCACACACGCACACCGACAGGUUCACAGACAGACGCCCACGCGCUGACACCCACACGCACAUGCCGACGCAGACACGUUGUACCAUGUACAUACUUGUACAGAGACACCCUCACACACACUCCUUGUCCCAUUGUUUAUGUUUGAAUGUUGCCGCUGAAUGUCCAUUGGAUGACUAGCUUAAGUAGCGAUAAUCCCACGUCUGGUUCUGCCAUAUUUAUCACGUGUGUUGUUGAUGUAGCCGCCGGGAGCGUGUCUGCUCCGCUGGACACUUGUAUCUACCGACUCGGGCAUUGUGCUUCAAUAAAAGAGGUAGAGGGAACUAAAC